UGAAUAUGUAUGGAGUUUUCCAGUAAUGUCGUUGUUCAAGACGAAAGAAUGGUGGCGAACUGUUUGCGGAGCAAACGAAGUUUUCGACAAACGUAGUUUGAUGGUAACUGCAUUGUUUGGCGAGGAUAAGAAUGAUGUACUCGUGGUGGGCAGUCAUGAUGGUUACCUGAGAAUGUUCAGUCCCUCUUCGCAAUGGGACGAAGACACGAAGUGUCCGUCCAAUUACAAAUCCACGGACACGAUGAUCGAAACUCGAAUCGCUGAUUGCAUCGUUGACACCAAAGUGGGGAGAUUUGUAUCAGGCUCGCAGGAUCUUCGACUGGCGAUACUGACACCCACCAAGCUGGUCGUGCACCACGUGAAUCUGACAAGUGGAUCCACCGAAUAUGGAGACCGUUGCGACUUGAAGAUCGCGUACGAGCAUUCGUUGCCACGAUUCCCAGCAUCUCUGACGACAGGGCCCUUCGGUGGUGCACGUGGCAGAGAUUUCCUCUGCGUGCAAUGCUUGGAUGGGACGCUCCUCUUCUACGAGCAAGAGGUUUUCGCGUUUAGCCUCGUUCUUAGGAAUCGCCUGCUACCCGAGCCAAUCGUCUACGUUUCGCGGAACGACCUGUUCGUCACCGCGAGCAGUCGUUGGUUCAUCGAGUGUUACAGGUAUCAAAGCAUGGCGGAGUCAGCGAGGAGCAGAGAGGAGUCCAACAACAUGGACCAGCGCGCUGAAGUCGAGAACCUCGAACCAGACUCGAGCUACAAUAUCGGGGAAGCUCUUCUGGAUAUCCAGGCCGUCACCCUGAGCAGCUUCGAGGUUGGGAUCGUAGCGUUGGGCGAGAAGCACCUGUACUGUCUAAAAGACAACUGUACGGCGGUCAAGUACUCGAAGAGGCUGGAGUACAAGCCACUCUGUUUUCGAGCUUACAUUAUCGAGCCGGACGGGAAGUUGAUGGUACUCGUAAUUGCCGACACGAACACUCUGAUGAUUUACGAGGGCACCACGCUCAAAUGGUCAGCGCAGUUGCCUUUUGCUCCGGUCGCCGUCGCUAGGGCACAACUGCAGCAUUUGCAAGGCGCAAUAGUCGUCCUGUCGGAUGACGGCCGCCUGGAGGCUUGUUACUUAGGUUCGGAGCCAGGAUUGUUCAUUGCGCCACCGCUUCAUCCAAGAGGAUACGAUUACGCAGCCGCGGAACAAGAGCUGACGGAGUUGCGAGCACUAUUGAAGAUGAGCAAAGCCUCAGAUGACAAAACCAGUAACGCCACAGUGGACGCCGAGCUGAUAGUCUCAGUGAACGUUUCGACAGAUUUAGAAGGUAGCGAGAGAGCCGGAAACGAGGACGUCUCGGACGAUGACACGGAAGGGCGGCCAUUUGUGUGCAAAGUCGCGAUAGAAUUGUCCUCGUAUGCCACGAUACACGACGUCCAGAUUUGCGUCCAAGUCAGCAAGCCCCUGAUUGCAACGGAGGACUUUUUCGUCAUUCCCAAUCUGUGCGAACGAAGCACGACGGAGACGACUGUUUACGUGGACGGAGAUCUACCACCGAUAUCCUCGGAGGUCGAGAUCGUCGUGACUUAUCGAACGGACACUGGCGGUCUGCGUAUCGUUCGAAGACUCGCUCAACUUCCGCUGAAGAUGAUGCUGAGGAGCUGUCCCCCUGAGAACGCCACCACCUUUACGACUGUCGUCAAAUGUAACGAUCCUCUCGUUGGAUUUACUCAGCUGUUUCCUGAAUUCAUCGGCGAUCAGCUUCAGAGACAAAGGCAGAACUGGAACGCGCUUGGAUUGCGGCAUGCGAGGAGCCGGCACGCUGUCACGAUCGUUUCCGGUAACGCGACCAAUCGAUAUCGGGUGCAGUCCAACGACGGACUAUCGACGACCUUGGUGGUCCAACAGCUGAUCAACAGGCUGAAGGACAGAACGAGUGGCAAUCACACCGCGACUAUCGGCCAGAAUCACAUUCAGCUGGUGCAUUCGCGGUUGGAGGCUCAUUUUCUUGCUCGUCGAGAAAUCGACAAAAUAACGGGCGAGAUUGGGCUGCUGACGAUUCAAUUGAGAAAUAUCGAGAGGAAGAUGCUGAGAGCCGUAAGAGAGAGGAACAACAAAUCGUUGCCAGACACUGGUUUGCCGUUCCUUUUCGACUUGACGUAUCAUGCGAUUUUGGAGCACCUCGAGAAACUUGUCAAAACGAGAACAGAACGCGAGAGAACUGGCCACGAACUUUGGUGCAGCCUCAGACUGUUGCUCCUGUUGCUGCGACUUAACGCAAACGAAGAAAAGUACGCAGCCUUGGAGGCAGCUAUUGGCUUUCAACCACGACCAUGCGAUCAACUGGACUGGGAAGAGAUCGCUGACGUGGCCCUGACGACCCUUCUCAAAUCAGUCUCGAAAAAGCUCGGAACUACGGAAAGCAAGUCUUUGACGUGGAGCACAAUCACACCGAUCGCGUCGAGCAAGGAGCUGGCGAAGCUGAAGAAACGUCUGGUUCACGCGAUAGAGCGGUUGGAUGAGUCCAGGGGAUCAAACAUCGCCGAGGUUGAGCCCAGCGAUGGUAAUGAUCUAGCUUCUGCUUAGACUGGGAGUAUAUCGUCGCUUUUUCUUGCGCUGUUUAAAAAGGAUUGACUAAGUCGUCGACUUAGUUAAAUUUGACUAACUCAAGUAACUCGGAAUCAGACCGAGGAAAGAGUAUUAAAAUUUAUAAAAAUAUUACGUAGAUACCAAGGUUGAUUAUUACGGAAGGAAAAUAACACGAAGAUAGACGAGUACCUAUGAAACUGCAGACAGCGCAAUUAUAACUAGUGAAAUUAUAGCUACAAUGAAUAUUUUUUGAACAAUGUAAUUUUUCAUGCUGAACAUCGGUCAAUUGCGAACGAGAGAAACAUGGAUAUAUUUACGUUUUUCAGAAUGACUGAAAAAUAAAAAAAUAAAACUGAACUUCUGUUCAGUCUUGAACCUGCUCUGUCGUUGAAUAAACCGGAGAUGCGGAAAACGUUGAGCGUAUUCGAUACGCGUCCGUUGGUCGAUGACCGUCGCGGUACCAUUUGCAUGCAAAUAAAAAUAGUCCGAAUGAGACUGUGUUCGGACUUAUUUUCAUCGGGAAAACCUCCCCAACCUAUUAAUAGUACUCUCACGGAGUACAAUUCGAAACGUAAAUGUAUUAGGUUUUGUAUCAGCAGCUGUCACGAUGGAACGCAUGCGGCUCGCUUUGAAGUUCGGUCAGGGGGUUUUGAAUUCCAUAGCUGCAAGUCGCUGGAAUCGACUCGGUCACUCGAGCUGAAUAAAGUUAGGGUGAUCCUAUUGGAAGUGUAUUCAAGUGUAUUCAAAAAAGAAAGGCAUACGUCUAACAUAUAAUCGAAUAAAGUUUUGUCUAACUCUGGCAUUAACCUUCGCAUGCAUAUUGUCACACGUUUGUUAAUAAUAGGAACCAUUGAAUUUUCCAUGCAUUCCUUUCUCACUCUCCUAGACGUAUCCAAAUCGACGACACUUAGAGAGGCUGAACUAUUAGGUUGUCCAGAAAGUUCGUGGCAAUUUCUAAGAAAAAUUCAAAGGCAUAUAAUAUAUAUACAUGUACUUAUUGAAUUACAUAGGUGCCAUUUUGUUCCACAACCUUUCCACCUUUUAAGGGAUGUAUACAUGUUAUUUGUUUUCAACCAUUUCGACAUAUUCAGACCUGUACCACCUACCAAAAAUCGACAUGGACUUUCCGGACAACCCAAUAAAAUAAAUCGAAUAACUCGAAAACAAACAGAGAUAAGGAAGAAUGUUAACUACAAAACUUUCUCAAUUUCACACAAGGAAUAACAUAAAGUAACCUAAAUUUCCAUACAAUUGCAGGUGGCGCCACUGCACCUUAGAAAGUUCACGAUUUCUGAACUUUUCUCGCUGAAAAUUCAUCGAGUCAAAGUCGAACCUACAAUAUUACCAAAAAAUGAAAAGAAAUGAACUGUUCAACCUCGAACCUGUUCUUUUGUCGAACAAAGCGCACACGCGAAACACGUCGAACCGUAUUCAAGGCGCGUGCGUUGGUCGACGAUCGACGCGGUAACUUUUACGUAAGGUACGCGUGUCUUCGACGCUCGGAUAAUUUUAUUCCGCGAUUCACGAUCCACGAUCCGCGAUCCUCGAUCCACGGCGUGCCGAGCCGACAAACCCGAUGAAACGCGCGGCUCGAAUCGCCGCGGUGAUUCAUUCUGGCGCCGCGAUUCUGCUUUUCCGAGGUUAAUUAAUAGGAAGAACGCGGCCCGAGAGAUCUGUCUUUGACUCGGGGCCAACAACAGUGCGCGCUUUGUUUGAAAAUUUUCUUAUAGUCACGCUGGUGCCUCGAUCCAGAUAAUGCGAGUAAAAUAUCGUGUGUGACGAAAAGUGGAGAGCUUUUCGUCGUCGCGACACCCGAGCAGCCCCUAUUCGUUAAGGUGAUGAUAGAAGAUUCGCGAGAUUCGAAUCCGCAUGUAACUUUUUUUCGAUAAAUUAAUACUGUUCAUCGUGGCGGAACAAUUACCAUUAGGGAUACUCGACUAAUUUUUCGUUGAAUUUGAAUUCUCGGAUACAUUGAGCGAUUUGUGUAGUCGAAAGUAAUUUGAAUAUUCAGAGACAUCGGGUGUGCGUGUUAGUGUGCGAUUAAGAAAAGUUAAAAAUGGAGAAUAACGAUUGGACUGUGGAUUGUACGCAUUUAUCGCGUACACUAAUAUAGGAAAUAUACAAAAAAAAAUGUAUGUAACGCGUGUAAAAUAUAUUAUAUUAAUUUAUAUAAUGACGUUAAUAUAUUAUUUUGCAAACGUACAUAUAUAUUUGAUGUAUGUUUAGCAUAUUGAC